ACCUUCCCCGUCAGUCUGGUCCACGCGGUGAGACCUGGUGGGUCAGCGAGAAGCUGCGGGAGAGUAUCGCUCUUCAUUUCUUGUGACGUUGUGCAACAAGUGAAUAUUUUCAAAAUUGCGUUAAUUACUCAACAAGACGAGACCAAGAUGGCGGACUAUUUGAUCUGCGGAGGAACAAGUUACGUGCCAGAAGACGGGAAUACCGGUGCUCAACUGUUCUCCACGGGGGAAGGUCUCACUUACCAUGACUUCAUCAUUCUCCCUGGCUUCAUUGAUUUCACAGCUGAGGAAGUGGACUUGACCUCAGCUCUCACAAAAAAGAUCAGUUUGAAAGCUCCUCUAGUAUCUUCCCCAAUGGACACUGUAACAGAAUCCGAGAUGGCUGUUGCGAUGGCACUUUGUGGUGGCAUCGGCAUCAUUCACCACAAUUGUUCACCAGAGACACAAGCACAGGAGGUCAUGAAAGUCAAGAAGUACAAGCACGGCUUCAUUCGUGACCCUGUUUGCCUCACUCCACACCACAGAGUAUCUGAUGUUUUUGAUGUAAAGAAAAGUCAUGGCUUUGGUGGAAUUCCAAUCACAGAAGAUGGAAAGAUGGGCACACGACUCCUUGGCAUUGUUACAUCACGAGAUAUUGAUUUUUUGGAACCUAACUCAGAUAAGUUGCUCUCGGAGAUCAUGACUCCGUUUGAUGACCUGGUAACAGCCCCAGCUGGUGUCAGCCUUGAUAAGGCUAACGAGAUAUUACAGAGAUCUAAAAAAGGUAAACUACCAAUUACAAAUGAACAUGGUGAGCUUGUAGCUUUGAUAGCACGUACUGAUCUCAAGAAAUCUCGCAACUUCCCAAAUGCUUCAUAUGACGCUAACAAUCAGCUGUUGGUGGGAGCAGCCAUUGGAACACGGGAAACGGACAAGCAUCGCCUUGAACUCCUUGUCAAUGCUGGUGUUGAUGUGGUGGUUUUGGAUUCUUCACAAGGAAACUCCAUAUACCAAAUCAACCUAAUCCGCUACAUCAAAAAUACUUAUCCAGAGCUCCAGAUUGUGGGUGGCAAUGUUGUGACAGCAGCACAGGCAAAGAACUUGAUAGAUGCGGGUGUGGAUGGCUUACGAGUAGGUAUGGGAUCGGGUUCCAUCUGCAUCACACAAGAAGUUAUGGCUGUUGGUCGUCCUCAGGCUACAGCUGUAUACAAGGUGGCUGAGUAUGCUCGGCGCUUUGGUGUACCUGUGAUGGCUGAUGGUGGCAUUGCAUCUGUAGGUCACAUCAUCAAAGCCCUUGCAUUGGGUGCAUCCACAGUAAUGAUGGGUUCUAUGCUGGCCGGAACUUCAGAAGCACCGGGAGAAUAUUUCUUCAGCAAUGGUGUGAGGCUUAAGAAGUACCGGGGUAUGGGCUCUCUAGAAGCCAUGGACCGUAAAGAUACCCAGGGUGCAGCUGCUGAUAGAUAUUUCCAUGGAGAGGGAGACCGCAUCAAGGUUGCACAGGGAGUCAGUGGCUCCAUUGUGGAUAAGGGGUCCAUCCUAAGAUUCCUGCCAUACUUGGUGUGUGGCAUUCAGCAUGGCUGUCAAGACAUCGGUGCCAAGUCAUGCUCAAUGCUCAGGGCCAUGCUGUAUAGUGGUGAGCUGAAAUUAGAGAGGCGCACUGUCUCUGCACAGAAAGAAGGUGCAGUGCAUAGUCUCCAUUCGUACGAGAAGCGGCUUUACUAAUCACCGAUCAACGUGCCAAAAAUCUGUUGUCAGGGACUAAGUUUUGCAGGAGGUUGAAUGAUUAACAGAAAAAAGUUUUUUGUUUUCACGUUUUAUUUUUUUUUAUGUAACUUAAAUACAUUAUUGAUUUUGCCUUCUGCAUAUAGGAGCAUGAUCUGUGAUGUGAUCUUGUCAGUGAUAUGAUAUUUAACUACAGAAUAUUUCUUUGUGGUACAGUGUACAAUUUUAGUAGUAUGAAUGAAUAAAUACAACUGUAUUUGCAAAUGUUGAAUGAAAUUGCACAAUACCUAUUGUACAAUAAAAGCAGUUGGACAUGACAUUUUACAAGCACAAGGACAGAUGCAGUUUGUGAAAUAUAAUAUGUGAAAGUGUUUUCUGUUAUAGGAGUCAAAUGAGCAUGCAAUAUGCAGAUCUACAUUUUCUUCCAAAAAAAUAUGCUUUGAUUUAUUACAGAUAUAUUUUCAUUUUCUGAGCAAAGUUGAAAAGAAACUUGAACUAGUAGGUUUGAAAUCCAAGGUAUAACUGGUGUAGCUGUAGGAUGCAGAGUUUGUAUUUGAAAAAAAGGCAGUAAACAGCAAAAAUUAUUAUUUGUUAAUUCAUCCUUAAAUGUGUAUGAAGGUGGCUGCACUUGUGUAAUAUGAUGUUUAUGCUUACAUUACUGAUGUGGGAGUAUCCUUUUUGAGGGAGUUUGCUGUCUUUAUUGUCAAAGAUCAUAGGUAUUGCUUAUGUACUGUCCCAGUAAGUAUGAAACCAUAAUGUGAAUAUAAUUGUGAGCAUCAAAUUAUGAUCUUGAGAAAAUUUUAAUCCUUAUUUUUUUGGAACUUCUUGAGAUAAGCUUGUAUUUGGUAUAUGCCAUUGUUUUUUCCUUUUAAUCCAAAUCUUGAUUGACUUCACAAGUUGCUUAGUCUUGUCAGCUUGAGUGCAAGUUCUCAAAUAGCAUCUUCAGAGUAUAAUAUUUACCUCUUUUUUAAAGUAUAUUUUGAUAACUUGGACAAAAUAGCUGUUACUCAUAGAUAAUAUGGUAGAGGAUGGAUGAUGUUAGAUCUGACAAAGCAUUUAAGAAAUUUCUUUGCUAUGCCAUACAUGCAAAGUACAAAACUGAAAGACAAACUUCCAUAACAUAGAAUGUUGAAGGUAGUGUAAUGUUUUCAAGUAUACAAUAAGAUAAAAGAAUUUCAAGUCAAUCAAGUGUUGGAGAGUGACUAAAUCUAUACUUAGAUUGUCAACUAUAAAGUAUGGGCUGUAACUUUGUUUUUUUAUGUGUUAUUUAAUUAUAUAUUUGCAGGAAUUAUGUGUGAAUUGUUAAAAUUGCUGAGUGAUGCAUCUCUCUCGUGUACUGUGCCAAAUAUUAUGUGAGCAGUGUGCAUUGACUCUAUAUAUGUAUUGAUGAACUUUGAAUAUUAUCACAUUAUUGUUAUUAUUAUUAUUUAUUAGCAUGGUGGAUUAUAUAUUUUUUAUGAUAUUUUAGCAAAUGAUGUUACAGUCUUUCUCAGAUGUAUUAUAUAAAACAAGAUAUGUACAUUUUUAAAAUAAAAAAGUUGUUCAUUCUCUUUCAAAGUCUAUAUUAUAGGUUAUGAUUUAUUAAUUUUGAGCACAGGUGUCAUAUUUUGCUUUUGAGUUCAAAGAUCUUGUGAUGUAGCAUGACAGCCUGAAGAUUGUUUUAUUAAAUUAGUGUUAUGUUAGUUCUGGAUGACCAACAAUAUUUGAAGUGUAGUAUGUGAUAUUUUUCAUGUCUUUCAUAAGGAUUUUCAGAUAUCCCAUAACCAUAAGUUUUUCACUUUCAUGGUAAUUUGACCUGAUAGCAGUAUAUUUAGUAUAUUCAUAGUCUUGUCUUGAUAAUGGCAUAAUAAAGUAAGUAGUUGGUUUUACAGUUAUUUACAGCAGUGUGUCUGCUCUGUUGCUCUCUCAGUUUUGUAAUUCUUUUAUUGUCAAGUGCUGUGGAACAAGAAGUAGGGGAUGAAACGUAAUGUGAAUAUUUUUGUUCGGUUUCAUUUUGUUUGAUGCUCUGAUGUAUGCGUGGGGCUUUCCAGACCUAAUUUGAGAACAUGUUUGGUCUGAACUAAUUGCUGAAUCCUAAGGGUGAAGGUGUGUGUGUCUACUUGAGUGUGUUGAGUGUAUAACAUCCCAGAAGACACUUGCAUAGUUUUAGAGGAGAUGGAGGCUAACCAACAGGUAUGAGCUUCAGUUGGUACUUUUACAAAAGAAAAGAAAAGAUUGAUAAUGUCUGGGUUAGGAUGUCUUAAUAUGGAUGGCUUAGAGGGAGGAUUUUUAAUGAAUUCUUUUGGUCAUGUAAGUAGCUUUUGGUUUUUGAAAUACAUGUUCAAACUUUUUACAUUGCGGUGUAUAUGCAGAUUUGAUAAGAUCAGUUUUUUGUUUUGUAAAUGUAAGGGUUUAAGAUUCUGUAGCCAAAAAACAAAACAAAACAAAAAAACAACAAAAAUACAAAAAAGAAAAAAAAUAUUGAGUUAAGUCCAGUUAUGAGCCUAUAGAAACCUUUAUCUUUUUAACUCUCUAUCAACCAUUUGUUUGCAGAUCCAUGAUGUAUGCAGGUGAACUGAAGUUUGAAAAACGCACAGUUUCAGCUCAGCGUGAGGGUAAUGUUCACAGUCUGUUUAACUAUGAGAAGAGGCUCUUCUAAGAUUACACCAUGCUUUGAGGGCAUUUUAUUCAAUACACACAUUGAGCAAUGGUACAGAAGGUAAUGUAAACCUUGAUAUAUCGUCAGUUGCUUGUUCAAAUAUAAAUAUUGCAUCCCCAUGAUAGCUUCUUGCUUUGGAAUAUGUGUACACCACAAGUAAGGUACAAGCAUUCAUAUUUUCUGUAUAGAUUUUCUAGAAUAACAUUAAAGAAGUGCUGGUGGUUAGUAUUGUGGUUUCACAAGAAUUUCACUACGUAAUGACCAGUUUUGAUAUUUUUAGUAAAGUGUUUAAGUGAUGUGGAACAAAAGUACCGGUGGCUUGUUAAACAUUUACAAGUAGAUUAAUUUUUAGCAUUGGGAGAAUCAUUACACCAUAUCUUCUAGGUGUUCCAUCUGCCCUUUGUGAUGUGGGAUUUCUUGUAAAUUUAUCUGUAACAAAUGAUUUUGCUCAUUCCAGAACCUUUUAUAUGUUUUCAACUUUAUACUGUACUUUUUAUUUGAACUCUUUUAUAUGCUAUAGUUGGUGCCAGUCACUAAUAGACUUUGGUUUCCCGGGUUUUGGAUGGCAUUACAGGGCGUCUGCUAGUGAUAUAGUGAUUGUGUGAUCCAAUUGAUAACAUUUGGAAUUCUUUCUAGACUUGUGGUUUAUUAUUGACAAUUACGCAAUUCCUCAAAAUCUUAUGCUCCAAGUCCUUUGAAUACAUUAUUUUUCUAAGUCAAUGGUGCAAACCAAAACAUCAGGAAUUUUUGUAUCCAGAAUCUGAUGCACGGACUAUGGCAGAAGAUAGCUUGUGGUGAGAUUCUUGGUUGUUGCUGUAUUGGGCCGGGUGUGAAUUACCCUUGUAUUGUUUUUUUGUUUUUUUUCUUCAAAAUAUAUUAGACUGAAAUAGAAUAAUCUUCCCUGGUGCUCAUCCUCCUCUCAAGCCACUCGUUCUGGAUCAGAAGUUGGAUAACAAAGUAAUGACAGUGUGCCAUAAAAGUGUGAUAAAAAUAAUAAUCUCAAUUUUAUCUAUAACUCUUACAAGGGUCCAAACUACAGACAUAUUUUCUGAUAUUAAUGUCAAAUAUGAUGUCUUCAAUUCUUCCAUCUGUUGUAGUGGAUAAGAUUAGUGCUAGGAUGUUUGUUCCUUUGUAAACUUUGUCAACUGUGUUCAUUACAUAUAAAUAAACUACAAGGUGAUG